UUUGAAACACAUAAACAGGUAUCUGGCCACAUCUCCUGAUGUCAUUCUGCAUGUGGGAAAGAUCUUCCUGUCCACAACUAGGGCUCCAUUGAUCUGCAUGCCUGGUGAGCAUAGGGUGGGAAAGCCAGCUUGCAGGAAAGUCCCCAAGAGAACAACAACAAAAAAAUCACUAUUAGCAAAGAAGAGGUCUGACUCAAAUACAGUGUGGGGCAGAAUCCCUGGUUUACCCUCACUUCUGUCCCUAACCAGGUACAGGUGCUUCCUGGGAAGGAGAAAGCUGUGUGGUAAAACUGGCUAUUGUUUCCCCAAGAGCCCAAGCCACGCUGCUGGGAGACUUCCCUCCAGGAGUUCUGGGUGCCUGAGUGGAGGCGUCUCCCCACCUGCUAGAGCGGUGAGGUGCCAGAGCCCCAGAGCACUCUGAAAGCAGCUGCUUCUCACUUUUCCAGUGGGGCAGUCCCACCACGUGGCUUCAGGAGGGAACCGGCUGUGGAGACACAGGCGGGGGCUGGGGUGCUCUCCUGAGAUACUAACUGCUCACCUUGGGCCAGGUGUGGAGACCUAACAGAAAGAGCCAAGUUCUGGCCACUGGGCAGUAAGGGUUAUUGUUCCAGAAGCCUCUGAUGCUGCUGUUGGAAUGACCUGACCCAGCACCCAUUCCCUGGUGGGUUAUCAGUUGAGAAGCACAUCCAGGAUCUUCUCAAUCCUACGGCAGUCUCUAUUGGCCCCACAAACUGACCCGGUACCCACAGUUAGAGCGAGUCAAUAUCUGGGACAAUGGCGCGGGCACUGUUGGAGGACUGGUGUAGAAUCAUGAGUGUAGAUGAUCAGAAGUCACUGAUGGUUAUGGGGAUACCGGUGGACUGUGAUGAGGCUGAGAUUCAGGAGGUCCUCCAGGAGACUUUAAAGUCGCUGGGCAGGUACAGACUGCUGGGCAAAAUAUUCCGGAAGCAGGAGAACGCCAACGCUGUGCUGUUAGAGUUUCUGGAGGAUACCGAUGUCUCCACGAUCCCCAAUGAGAUUCAAGGAAAAGGGGGUAUUUGGAAAGUGAUCUUUAAGACCCCUAACCAGGACACUGAAUUUCUUGAGAGACUGAACCUCUUUCUAGAAAAAGAGGGCCAGACGGUCUCAGGAAUGUUCCGAGCGUUGGGGCAUGAGGGAUUGUCUCCAGCGGCAGUGCCCUGUGUCUCACCGGAAGUAUUGGCCCAUUUGUUGGGACAGGCAAUAGCGCACGCCCCCCAGCCUCUGCUCCCGAUGAGGUACCGGAAACUGAGAGUGUUUUCCGGGAGCGCGGUGCCAGCCCCAGAGGAAGAGCCCUUUGAAAUCUGGUUGGAACAGGCCACCGAGAUAGUCAAAGAGUGGCCGGUUGCAGAGGCAGAAAAGAAAAGGUGGUUGAUGGAAAGCCUCCGUGGCCCUGCCCUGGACCUCAUGCACAUCGUACAGGCAGACAACCCGUCCAUAAGUGUGGAGGAGUGUCUGGAGGCUUUUAAGCAAGUGUUUGGAAGCCUGGAGAGCCGCAGGACCUCCCAGGUGAAAUACCUGAAGACCUAUCAGGAGGAAGGAGAGAAAGUCUCGGCCUACGUGUUACGCUUAGAAACUCUGCUGCGGAGAGCGGUGGAGAAGCGGGCCAUCCCGAGGAAUAUCGCCGAUCAGGUCCGCUUGGAGCAAGUCAUGGCCGGGGCGAGCCUCAGCGAAAUCCUCUGGUGUAGGCUGAGGGAGCUGAAAGAUCAGGGGCCGCCUCCCAGCUUCCUGGAGUUAAUGAAGGUGAUCCGCGAGGAAGAAGAGGAAGAGGCCGCCUUCGAAAACGAGAAUAUUGAAGAGCCGGAUGAAGGGGAUGGCUAUGGCCACUGGGAUCAUGAGGCGGAUGAGUAAAGCCCAUCCCAGAGGGGGACCCACAGCCGGCAGGGUAGGGCCUCUGCCUUACCAGGCUUAAGACCUUUUCGGAUAUUUUUUUUCCUUUAAUGUAUGCAUUUGAAAUUACAGCAUUUG